AUGACAAGAGAAGGCCCGCUCCGUCACGCUCCGGGUGAAGGCGUGGCCUCGCAGCGCGAACUGCCGCCGGCCCCGCCAGAACGCGAAAACGUCCUUGCCACCUCGAAUCCCCCUUCCAUCGCCUCAACACAAACUGCGAGAACAGCCAAUGACAGCACGAGAGGCCAAGCGGCGUCGAAUGCGAAAGUAGCGAUCCCUCGUCAGCGUGCCGGUAUCGCCCCGCGAUUCAAUCGUCGGGUACCCCGCGCCUGCGAAUCGUGCAGACAGCGCAAGACAAAAUGCAGUGGUGAUACUCCGGUUUGUCGACAAUGUCGCGAGUUGAGGGUCACUUGUCAGUACCCCGUGGGUUGGAAGGAGAGAACCAAAAAGCAGGUAGAAAGGCUGUCGGAGAAAGCGGCAGACUAUGAGAAUCUCUUGAAGGACUUGGGAAGCAUGGUCGAAACCAAGGCCGCUGAGCGGAUCAAGAUUUUGUUGGAUAAGGUGCAAUUUUCCGUCCCUCCGCGUCCAAAGUCCUAUACUAACAAGAAACAGUACGGCUCGGAACCGGAUUACUCUUCAAACAGCAACCCGUCUCAUUCGGUCACCCCCCAAGACGUCAUGGACGCAGCAGGAGACGAACCUUCUUCCCCGUCAUCCAUCGGAUCCCUGGAGGCCAUCGACCGGGUAGAAGAGGACCUGAACAGAGAUGAAAACACCCGAGCGACGGGUUACCUGGGCAAAAAUUCGGAGAUCACUUGGAUGCAGCGGGUGCAGCAAGAGGCAGAGCAACGUGCCCAAGGCAAAUCAGGCAGGAAGUCGCCUACCAAAACCGACCAGAACCCAGACGGUGAUUUUACUCUGCAUACAGUCAACUACCAUCUGGAUGACAUGGACAUCUCUGCUCCUGGACCGGUGCAAACAUAUUACAUGCCGCCUCGCCAGCUGGCGGAUCAGUUGUUUGAGGAUUAUUUGAACACUGUCCAUCCAUUCUUCCCCAUCAUCAAUCGGCCAUUAUUCUGGGCGCAAUACCAGACCUUCUAUGAUUCUGCUGCUCGUCCCGGUGACAAGUGGCUGGCCAUCCUGAAUAUGAUCUUUGCUAUUUCUGCAAAACAUGCUCACCUCAUGGAUGCGCCGUGGCGUGGAGAUUCCCACGACCAUCUGGUGUAUUUGACUCGAGCACGGAUUCUCAGCAUGAAUGGCGAUGUCCUUUUCAGUCAUCCUGAUCUCCAACAGGUUCAGGUCGAGGGUUUGAUUGCUUUCUAUCUGCUCUCAUCUGAUCAGAUUAACCGGGCAUGGAGGAUCUCGGCUUUGGCGGUGCGAUCUGCAAUCACACUUGGUAUCAAUAUGAAGAAUAGCAGCACCUCGACCCCGAACGUUUCCAAGGAGGCUCGCUAUCGGGUCUGGUGGUGUCUGUACACAUUCGAACACACCUUGGGCAUCAUGACCGGCCGUGCCACAUGUAUUCAGGAUGGCGUGUGUACCUCGCCGUUACCACUGCCCUUCGACGAAGAUCAACUAGACGAGCCAGCAGCUGCCGAAGUUCUCAAUGACUCGACUCUUCGUGAUGAUCGCAUCAACAGCGUGAUGGCCAGUUCGUGGAUUCGACACAUGCCGCUCAACCCGGCAAAUGGUAGAGAGGCCACUAAAGAACGAUCCCCGGAAUCCGGGUGGCUUCUGAAUCUCCCGGUAUCUCUCGGGCUUGUCUACCUCUAUUAUUGCGAUCUGACAGUGGUCGCUCAAGAGAUCGUCAACAGGGUAUAUUCUGUGGAUUGCGUGAUGGUCCCAUGGCCGCAGAUGGAGAAUCGGAUCGGUGAACUGAAAGCCAGAAUCGAUUUGUGGUAUUCUCUUCUCCCUCCCGCUCUUGACUUCACCCGCAAGGAGGAUGAAGGCGCGGAUCUUCUUCGUGGGAAACUGUCCCUGGCCUUCCAUUACUACAGCGCUCGCAUCUCGCUUGGACGUCCCUGCCUCUGCCAGCGCGACGCGGCCCAGAAAAGUCCCACCCAAAAACCGACUUUCAGCCACGAAAUGGCCGUGAUUAGUCUCGAGUCUGCCACACGCAUGCUUGACCUCAUCCCCGAUGAGCCGAACGCCGUCCAGCUGUACCAGAUCUGCCCGUGGUGGUGCAUUCUGCAUUACCUCAUGCAGGCGGCAACGGUACUACUUCUGGAGCUAUCAUUCGCCUGCAUUCAUGUGCCCAGCGAAGAAGCGAACUUCAUCCAGAUGGCCAAAAAAUCCAUCCGGUGGCUUUACGCCAUGUCUCACCAGAGCGUCGCUUCCCGCCGUGCAUGGCAGCUCUGUGACGUCGGUCUGCGAAGACUGGCCGUGGGAAUGAAACUGGAUGUCAGCGAUAUGCCCUCGGACAAGUAUCAAACCGAACUCGAAAUCCCCCAGAACGCCACUCGAUCGGAAGAUAUCAGCCAUCAGCAGCCGCCUCCUCAAUCUGGUGAUUUCUGGGGUCCGCAUGUGGAGUCUCAGAUGCCCAUGGAGCAGGACUAUUUGACCUACCCCGCCAUGUCAACAUCGGAGCUGUUGUCCUCGCUGACUACCGAGGCGCAGUCUGGCGGUAGUUAUUUCCCCUAUGACCCCAUCGGCGGGGAGUUUAUCCGGUCUUUCUUCCCUGACAGUACCGAGGAUGGACACAACUGGCAAUGA